AUGAAGCGGCACAACUCGUCCAACAACAAGAGUAUCCUGCACUUCUUCAAGAGGGUCCCGCGCACUUCGCAGGAGACAUCUCCAGCGGACGCACCCACCACCGAAGACACCAUCAUGACAUCGAUCGAGACGCUACCACCAGCCACAUCGCAGGCCUCUGCAAGCUCGCGCAUGAGCAGGCGAGUCACAUCAAACGGGCAGCAAGCUGUUCUCAACUCUGAAUCAGACUCCGACUCGAUAGGAGAGCUGGAGUUUGGCGUCUCUGCGCCAAAACCAUUGAAGAUGUCAACAAACACCGGUCGAACAACUCGAAGGACAACUUUCGAGGACGAGCCUGAGCUACGCAGACCCCCCAGAGCAGACCGAAACAAUGGCAGGCGAUCCUUCAACCAGCUCGUGCAGACAGCGCAGAAGAACAUAGACACAGAAAGGAAGAUCCAAGAGCACAAGGCUGAGCUGGCAAAGGAGGAGGAGGCCUCUGUCCUCUUGACCACAGAUCUGGACAAAGACACACUUAAACAAGCUGUUCAGGCUGGCGAAGACUCGGAUCAGGCUGAUCGACUGUACAAGGCAAUGCAGAGAACCAACGAAGUUCGAGUGCACACUGCCUACCACUUCUUCGAAGACUCACCCAGUCUAUCUCUGACAUAUCCUUUUCCUGAAAAGAGCCUGCCAGAACACGGCUGGGCUGCAUGUUUCGAAGUGCCGUCCACCCGAGAUCAGGCUUUCGUGACUGGAUUUGCCCAACAGAUCUUUCGCCUGCACGAGUUGCCGAAAGAACUUGCUACAUGGAUGAUAGACCAAAUCUGUCUUGGUCACAGUCCAGCGUUGGACCAGAAGUAUCUCGAGAUACUCCAGACUCAUGAUGAGCAAUUGCAAAACCAGCUCAGUCCGAAGCGCCUGGACGUCAUGUUCAAGUCCAUCGGCGCUCAGAUCGAACUUCUGGAAACAGAUGCUGAGAUCUUGCCGUCCGAGGCGCAUGCGAAGAACGAGCGUCUAUUACCUCCGUCGCUCAAGCGCAUCGCGACGCUGUUAACAUUGGCCGCCCCGUGGCUACACUCGAAAGCUCGAAUACACAGCUUACACCUGCUGUGUCACACCUGCUUAGACGACCGCCUUUUACUGGACUCGGACAUUCUGAACUCUGUUCAAGCCGCCAUCGAAGCAGUCAUUUGCCAGUACGCCGACAACCGCAAGCUGGCUUCUGGCGUAGGGAGCCCUCCACCAGAUGAUUUGCAUUCUCUGAUCAUCUCUCAGCUCACACACGUCCUACCAAAACUGCUCCCGCGCAUCACAAAUCCUCUUCUACAAGCAAACCUCAUUCACGCGUUUCCAGCGAGAUCGCCAUUGACGGCCUACUUACAGCGACAUCUGGCUCUAUCGUUCCUACUCUUCCCCGAUACGGUCGAUGUGUCCCUUACCGACCCGCAGCUGCCCAAUCUCAUCCACGCGCAUCUGGACAACUCACCACACUAUCGCAUGAGCAAAGACACCAAUUACAGCCACGUCGCAGCCCGCCUUACGCUCCUCGACAUCGCAAUUGGACCCGGGCCAACCGCCGUCCCCUACAUCCCACUCAUCAGCCCUCCUCCCUCAGAAACAGGCUCGCCAACUCCCCUGGCACCGACUCCAGCAUCCUCGGCGGUGAAGGAGUUCAACAAGGAAAUCGACGCGCUCGCACAACACAUCAAGCUGAUCGGCAAUUCUAUCGUCGAAACCGGGGCAGCGCUCGAUCUCACGAUUCUGGAAGCCAAAGAGCGCUGCGAGAGACUCUUUUGGAGAUUGCAACAUGCGGUGCGCAUUGGGGGGAAGAAGGCGGAGAAUGUGUUUGGGGAUGACGUCGGAAAGCAGCUCAAGGUCAAGAAGUUCUUCAAACCGUUUCCGAAGAGAGCAGUUCAGAAGGAGACUAUCUUUGAUCAGUAG